ACAUCUAUAUCAUAUACACAUUUUUCUUUUUAAUUCACUAAAGUUCGAUCAAGAGUAUCUCAAUCACAUUUUUCUUUUUAAUUCACUAAAGUUCGAUCAAGAGUAUCUCAAUCACGUCAACUAAAUCUUCAUCUUCAUCUUCAUCUUAGGCCUUACAAAUUAAGUUACAAAAUCCACCCAAGAACAAAACUCUUCCCCCAAUUCAAAAAGAGAAAAAAAAAAAAAAAAGGGGGGUCGAUGUCUGUAACUGUAUCUUCUUCAACCUUGGAAUCUGGAUCAAGCCCAAGAAUUACGAAAUGGGUUUCAAAAGAUUUCAUCAACUCCAUUCUUUCCGAGCUGAAAUUACAAAGAGGCAUCGCUCUUCCACUCAUCGCUAUGAACUUAACAUGGUUUGUAAAGAUAGCCAUUACCACUGCUUUCCUUGGCCGUCUCGGCGAUCUUCCAUUAGCCGCCGGAACACUCGGUUUCACCUUCGCAAAUGUCACCGGCUUUUCCGUUUUGAAUGGUCUCUGUUGUGCCAUGGAACCCAUUUGCGGUCAAGCCUUCGGCGCCAAGAAUUUCAAACUCCUUCACAAAACUCUGUUCAUGUCCAUCUUCCUUUUACUCCUCGCUACACUUCCAAUUUCUUUCCUCUGGCUCAACGUCGACACAAUCUUGAUCCAUUUCGGUCAACAAAAAGACAUUUCAAUUGCCGCUAAAACCUAUCUUUUCUAUCUUCUCCCUGAUUUGUUAAUCACUUCAUUCCUCUGCCCAUUGAAAUCGUAUCUCAGUUCACAAACAGAGACGCUCCCGACCAUGUUGUCCUCUGCUCUGGCUUUGGCUCUUCAUGUACCCAUCAACAUUUUUCUUGCUAAAUCCAAGGGAUUAAUUGGGGUUUCCAUAGCGAUUUGGGUAACAGAUUUUGUAGCAAUGAUUUCAUUAGCGAUUUACGUUUGGUUGAAACAAAGUAUGAGUAAUAAUGAAGAAGGUGGGGGGUGGUUUGAUCAAACGGUUCAAGAUUGGGUUCGCCUAUUGAAGCUUUCAGGUCCGUGUUGCUUAACCACCUGUCUUGAAUGGUGGUGUUACGAGAUUCUGAUACUUCUCACCGGCCGUCUUCCCAAUGCUAAACAAGCCGUAGGGACCAUAGCUAUAGUAUUAAACUUCGAUUAUUUGCUUUACUCUGUUAUGUUAUCGUUAGCCACGUGUGCGUCGGCGCGUGUGUCGAACGAGUUGGGUCGGAACAGUGGGUUGGCGGCGAGGUGGUCGGCGGGGGUAUCGGUGGUGGGGAGUGUGGUGGUUGGAUUGAUGGGGGCGGCGGCGAUGGUGGCGGGGAGAGGGGAAUGGGGGAGGAUUUUUACUAGAGAUGAAGAGGUUGUGAGAAUGGUGAAGAAGAUGCUGGUUUUGAUGGCGGCGAUUGAGGUGGUGAAUUUUCCGGUGGCGGUUUGUGGCGGAGUAGUGAGAGGAGUGGGGAAGCCGUUGAUGGGGUUGGGUGCGAGUCUUGGUGGGUUCUAUGGAGUGGCUUUGCCUUUGGGGGUGGUGUUGGGGUUUAAAGUUGGGGUUGGGCUUGGUGGGCUUUUGAUUGGGUUCUUGGUUGGAGUGUUUGUGUGUUUGGUUUUGUUAAUGGUUUUUGUUUGGAGGAUUGAUUGGGGGAAAGAAGCUCAAGCGGCUCAACUCAUGGCUAAAGAUGGAGAGGUCGUUGUUGUUGAUAAUGUAAAAACAUGAUGUUAGAAAUAAACUCAUUUGUCCUAUGUUGUGCUACGAUUUUAGAUCUUUAAGGAAAUAAUGGAAGUUGUAUAGACUCAUCGACCUCGGGCAAGGGUAUCAAGGAGGUUGCAUAGUUACGAUUUCUAAAUUUAAACUUGGAAUUUGAGAAA